AUGUCGUUCCGCAGCAUCGUUCGUGAUGUUCGGGACAGUUUUGGUAGCCUGUCACGGCGCAGCUUUGAGGUGACUAUCGCUGGCCUUUCUGGGCUCACCGUGCAUCACAGGGGGAAAUCUCAGAGCACGGUGCAUGAACUCCGUGAUACGGAUCUCAUAAUUCAGGAGAGCCGUUGGGCUAAUCUCCCUCCUGAGCUCCUCCGUGAUGUGAUCCGGAGGCUGGAGGCUAGUGAGAGCACCUGGCCAAAUCGCAAGCAUGUUGUGUCCUGCGCUGCUGUUUGUCGGGCAUGGAGGGAGAUGUGCCGGGAGAUUGUGCUGAGCCCGGAAUUCAGUGGGAAGCUUACGUUCCCAGUCUCUCUAAAGCAGCCUGGGCCUCGCGAUGGAAUGAUUCAGUGUUUCAUAAAGCGAGAUAAAUCAAAGUCCACAUAUCAUCUCUACUUGUGCCUGAGCACUGCUGUACUUAUGGAGAAUGGCAAGUUCCUCUUAUCAGCUAAAAGGAACCGCAAAACAACCUGCACGGAGUAUAUUAUCUCGAUGGAUGCUGACAACAUAUCAAGAUCUUGCAGCACAUAUAUUGGAAAGCUGAGGUCAAACUUCCUCGGCACAAAAUUUAUGAUCUCUGACACACAGCCCCCUUAUAGUGGGGCUGUAGUCCCUCAUGCUGGCCGGACAAGCCGAAGAUUCAACUCCAAGAAGGUCUCCCCUAAGGUGCCAACUGGUAGCUACAACAUAGCUCAGGUGACAUACGAGCUAAAUGUUCUUGGCACGAGAGGCCCUAGGCGGAUGCACUGCGUCAUGCACUCCAUACCUGCCUUCGCAGUUGAGCCCGGUGGCAUAGUCCCUGGACAGCCUGAGCAGAUUCUGCCCCGGGCAUUAGAGGAGUCCUUUCGCAGCACCACCUCCUUCUCCAAGUCAUCCAUCAUGGACCGGUCCAUGGACUUCAGCAGCGCCCGCUUUUCUGACAUUGCCGGAGGCGCCAUAGCUGGCGACGAAGAGGGACAGAACAAGGAGAGGCCGCUCGUGCUCCGCAACAAGGCCCCGAGAUGGCACGAACAGCUGCAGUGCUGGUGCCUCAACUUCCGUGGCCGUGUAACCAUCGCCUCGGUGAAGAAUUUCCAGCUGAUCGCCGCGCCAAGCCAGGCCCCUACCCCUGCUGCCGCUGGGGCUCCAACCCCAUCACAGCCUGCUCCGCAAGACCAAAAUAAGAUCAUUCUCCAGUUCGGUAAGGUGGCGAAGGAUAUGUUCACGAUGGACUACCGCUACCCGCUCUCGGCCUUCCAGGCUUUCGCCAUCUGUUUGAGUAGCUUCGACACCAAAUUGGCCUGCGAGUAA